AUCGGGGGCAAAUUUGCGCCCUGGACCUCUGCCUUCCAGCAGUUGUUGCACUGCCGCCCCACAAGAGGCCACUGGGCCCGAGGAACAACCCCAGCCCCUGCUCUCUGUAUCAGGAGAGGCUGUGCAGACCAGCGUUCCAGCUGCGACCUCGCCCACACAGCUCUCGAAGAUGUCGGCCAAGCCCGAAGUCGGCUUAGCGCGCGAGGCUUCUCGGCAGAUCGUGGCCGGUGGUUCCGCUGGUCUUGUAGAAAUUUGCCUGAUGCACCCCCUGGAUGUGCUGAAAACCAGGUUCCAGAUUCAGAGAUAUGUAACUGAUCCAAACAGUUAUAAAAGCUUAGGAGACAGCUUUCGAACGAUUUACCGAACAGAAGGAUUGUUUGGUUUUUACAAGGGAAUUCUACCACCCAUCUUGGUUGAAACACCAAAAAGAGCAGUGAAGUUUUUCACCUUUGAGCAGUACAAGAAAUUGCUGGGAUAUGUGUCACUGUCACCAGCAUUGACAUUUGCCAUUGCCGGAUUGGGAUCUGGACUAACAGAAGCCAUCAUAGUUAACCCUUUUGAGGUAGUAAAAGUUGGCCUGCAAGCCAGUCGGAACACAUUUGCAGAGCAACCAUCCACUAUGAGUUAUGCAAGACACAUCAUUAAGAAGGAAGGCUUAGGGCUCCAGGGCCUCAACAAAGGAUUUACGGCAACUUUGGGACGUCAUGGAGUUUUCAACAUGGUUUAUUUUGGCUUCUACUUCAACGUCAAAAACAUUAUACCUGUCAAUAAGGAUCCAAACUUGGAGUUUUUGAGAAAAUUUGGGAUCGGUGUUCUCUCGGGGACAAUGGCCUCAGUCAUUAACAUCCCUUUUGAUGUUGCCAAAAGUCGGAUUCAAGGGCCUCAACCAGUUCCUGGAGAGAUCAAGUACAGAACCUGUUUUAAAACAAUGGCAACAGUCUACCAGGAAGAAGGGAUUUUAGCUUUGUACAAAGGCCUGCUUCCCAAGAUUAUGAGACUUGGACCAGGUGGUGCAGUGAUGCUGCUGGUUUAUGAAUACACUUAUUCAUGGCUUCAGGAGAACUGGUGAUUGCCUAGGAAGUAUUUUCCUUCUUGAGAUAAUGGACGUUUGCUAUGCAGCACCAUGAAGAGGAAAGACGAUGGAUCAGCUAAGCUAGUCGUACAGUUAUGAUGGGGAAAACAGUUUGUUCAAGAACAAAACCUAUUUUAAUAUUUUAAAACUUGUCUUUAGGCAACUUGAGAUGAUAGUUUGGGCCAUAUACAAAAAACUGUGAGAAUAAAGAUAAUAUGAAACAAUGAGAUAUAUAAACUGAAUAUAGAAAAGGGCAUAGAAAUCAGAUAUUAUAUUUCAUAAAAGCAAUAAUAAUCUUUGCCACCUGUGUUCCUCUUACAGUGCUUCACAAUGAAAAUUUCUUGUAUUGAUAAUUAUUUUUCCUAACAGGACUAGAAGUGCUUAAAGUAAAUAUUUGAAAAUAAAUCAUUCUGUGUCCAGUUCUUUAAGAAUUAUUCAAAGAACGACUGGGUUAAAAAAAGUUAAGCCAAAAUUUAAAGUUUUAUAAGGAAUUACAUUCUUCCAUAAAUAAUAUUUAAAGAGCAAAAAGAACACGUUUUUGAAGUACACUAAAAUGGCUUUUUAAGAAUGUUUACUUUUAUGAGUACUAUGUUAAAAUGUAAAUCUGUUGGUUUUCUUUAGUAAUUAUGCACAUCUCAGCUAUAUUUUCCAAGAUCUACUUUAUAUCUCACACUUUUGUUUAAAUGGAUAUUUUUAAACACUGUUUAAAAACAGAAUGUUAAAAUACUAUUGUUUUAAGCAGAUAUUUUAAACUCAUGAUAUCCAAAGUCUUUUAUUACAAAUAGAAAACAUAAAAUUAUAUUAAACUAUUUUCCUUCCCAUAGUUUUCUUUGAAGACAAGUUUUGUUGCUGAAAUAUUUUCAUGUUAAAUUACAAAUUGGAAGAAUUCCUUGGGCCUGUUUGUGCCAUCUAUAUUUGCAUCCAAAUACCUUUGUUCGGAAUGCUUAUUUGUGCCAUUCUUAGGAAGAAUGUGUAAAGUAAAACUGCAUUUUCAGGUUAUUAGUUUUAAAUGACAAUUUCAGGUUUAAAGUCUGCUGUCUGCAAUAUUAGAAUAUGUAUGAUAAAGGGAAAAUGUUUCAAAAUACAAGUACAUUCUUAGCAUUUCCAAGGAUUACCGUACUAACAUGUACCCCCCAAAUAUCUCCUUUGUCUUGAUACAACCAAACUUGGUUUUACAUCUACAUCCUGAAAUGAUGUUAAUUCAGUAGCUAAAGUCAACAAAAAUAUCUGCACGUUCUGGGUGACACCUGUUAUUACUGUGGGAUGUUUCUACUGUUGAGCUAUUUCACUAUAUCAUUUUUGAAAAUAAAAAGUAAAAGAUAACAUGGUAAUUAUUACUUUUUAUUAAUUUAGAGCAUUUGAAGUAUAAAAAUAAAAGGCUUUUUGACAUACGUUAUAUACAUACAUAGCCUUGUGUUGUACAUCCUUUCCAACGUGUUUUUUAAAAUUAUAUUUCAGCCUAAUAUUCAGUAAGAGGGUCA